UUUUGCUAAAAACGAGUUUAACUUCUACCUGUUGGAUGAUAUGCUGUUGCCGGAUUGGCUCAGGUGCAGGUGAAUUUGGGUUCAUCCAAUUUUGUUAUGUAUUCGAAACGUUAAGGUGCCAUUCAAUCAUUUUAUUUUCGCGAAAAGUUGGUGGCGUUCGCGGUCGGUAGUGAUGUGAAAUGUAUUUGGUGAUUAGUUACGAAAUGAUAUGGUCGAUGGUCUCCCCUGUCAAUCUGAACAGAACGUGGACCGUGCACCCACAACACCCUGGACAUCCGACGCGGGACAGAUCAAGGUUUCGGUGAACCCCAUGGUGGUCUAGCCGACGCCUCAAAAUGUUGUCUUCAGCUACAGCAACCAUGUCAAAUAACGGAAAUUAUGGAAAUGAGAGAAGUUUGCCUGGAGACACUGAAUUUGGUGUUGACCCUGCCGCAGGGGGCUUCUUUAAUUCUGAUUAUAAAAGGUAUGAUGAUUUAAAAGAAAUGCUGGAUUCAAAUAAAGAUAGUUUGAAACUAGAAGCAAUGAAAAGAAUUAUUGGAAUGGUUGCCAAAGGAAAAAAUGCUUCUGAUUUAUUUCCUGCUGUUGUUAAAAAUGUUGUAUCAAAAAACAUUGAAGUUAAGAAACUAGUAUAUGUUUAUUUAGUAAGAUAUGCAGAAGAACAACAGGACCUUGCACUAUUAUCAAUUUCCUCAUUUCAAAGAGCCUUAAAAGAACCAAAUCAGCUUAUUAGAGCUGGUGCUUUACGUGUCUUGUCCAGCAUAAGGGUGUCAAUAAUAGUACCAAUAGUUAUGCUUGCAAUAAAAGAUGCAGCAGCUGACAUGUCACCUUAUGUAAGAAAAACAGCUGCUCAUGCCAUUCCAAAACUCUACAGUCUUGACAAAGAGCAAAAACCAGAACUUAUCACCCUUAUUCAGAAACUACUGGCCGAUAGGACAGUGUUAGUAAUGGGCUCAGCUGUAAUGGCUUAUACAGAGGUGUGUCCUGAAAGAGUAGAUUUAAUUCAUCAAGUUUACCGUAAACUUUGUGCCUUAUUAGUAGAUGUAGAUGAGUGGGGACAAGUUGUUAUAGUCAAUAUGCUAACCAGAUAUGCAAGAAGCCAAUUUACCAACCCUAAUUUGCAUGACUAUGAUUACAAUGAAAACAAUUUUUACGACUCCGGUUCAUCAGAAAAAUCUGAGAAUAUAAGACCUCCUCCUUUAGACCCUGACCAUCGUUUAUUACUGCGCUCUACGCGACCUUUACUGCAGUCUCGUAAUGCUGCAGUUGUGAUGGCUGUAGCACAGUUAUAUCAUCAUUGUGCUCCUAAAAGUGAAGGACCUCUUGCCGCAAGAGCCUUGGUUAGAAUUUUAAGAUCGCAUGUCGAAGUGCAAAGCAUCGUCUUGGACAGUAUAGCAUCGAUUAGUUCGCAAAAGAAAGAACUGUUCCAACCAUAUAUAAAAAACUUUUUCAUUAGAACAUCCGAUCCAACAAGAAUUAAAGUACUUAAGUUAGAUAUACUGACUAAUUUGGCCACAGAAUCAAACGUUUCUACCAUACUCAGGGAACUUCAAACUUACAUUUCAAAUAGCGACAAAGUUUUUGUCGCUGCUACGAUACAAGCGAUUGGGAGAUGCGCUUGUGCUAUAUCCGAAAUUACAGAUUCGUGCUUAAGUGGGCUAGUCUCUUUAUUAUCAAAUAAAGACGAGGCUGUGGUUGCAGAAAGUGUAAUAGUUAUAAAGAGAUUAAUUCAGACUCAAGCAGCUGACCCAAAAGAUAUUAUAAUUCAUAUAGUAAAGCUUUUAGACAGUAUCACUGUUGCUCAAGCUCGAGCAGCAAUAUUAUGGUUGUUAGGAGAACAUUCGAAUCGUGUACCUACCGUGGCCCCCGACAUUCUUCGAAAAGUAGCCAAAACUUUUUCUGACGAAAACGGUAUUGUUAAAUUACAAGUACUUAACUUAGCUAUAAAGCUUUACAUAACUAAUCCCAAACAAACGGAGCUUUUAUGUCAAUAUGUAUUUAAUCUUGCCAAAUACGAUCAAAACUAUGAUAUCCGUGACAGGGCUCGUCUUCUAAAACAAUUCAUACUGGACCCCAAAGGACGAAUUACUUCUUGUGUUAGUAAAAUAUUCCUAGCACAUAAACCUGCUCCACAACUGGUUACUCGUUUUAAAGACUAUGAAGAUUUACAAUUGGGUUCUCUGAGUCAUUACAUUAACACAAGAGCUGUAGGAUAUGAACCGUUGCCUCCAUUCCCGAAAAAUCCUCCUUCAGGGCAUGUAAGAGAAGUGGAGGCGUUCCCACUUAACGAGGCAAAGGGAACCCCUAAACAAGAAAAGACGAAAAUGUUUGCAAAUAUAUCAGACAUUAGUUCUUCUGCAGAUUGUUCUUCUAGUGAAACAGAGUCAUCGUCAUCAGGAAGUGAAGAUGUAGAAAGGGAAGACGAAGAAGAUGAGGACGAUGAGGAAGAAGACGGCAAUUCAGCACAAAAUAGUUCAAACGAAAAAACAGAUUCAGGAAAUUCCUCAGAAAGUGAGUCAUCUGAAAGUUCUUGUUCUGAAAAGAAGCCAGAAGAUGAAUUAAAAGAAAGUGAAACUGUUUUAAGAAAAGGAAAAGUAAAUUUAAAUUUGGAUCUACUACUAAACAUAGACGAUAUGCCAACAGUCCCAGUAAUGACACCGUCCUAUGGUAGGUUCUUAAUACCUGCAGACGGCAUGCCUAUAGCUUCUCCUGUGACAGCAGUAGCUCCAAAUUUCGUAUCCACUACAGGUAUCGAACUUUUGAACAGAAUACACGGAAAAGGUUUAAGUGUUACUUAUCGAUUUACUAGAAAUCCCCAUUUAUUUUCUCCUUCCAUGACCAAUAUAGGACUUGUUUUUACUAAUCAUGGUACAGAGAACGUCUGUAAUAUACAUCUCGAGAAAAAGAAUUUACCAAUGGGUGUAACUUUACAUGAAUUUGCACUUAUUACUUGCCUGGGGCCCAACUGUAGUUUGCCUGGUACCAUAGGGAUUGAUUUUAAUGACACAACUGUAUCAGUGCCUUUUCAAAUAGUUUCUUCACUAGGAACGUGUGAUGUGGCUAUAAAACCACCGGUGGGUGAACUUUUAAAACCAGUUUCCAUGUCCGAAGAGACAUUCCUUAAUGAGCAGUCAAAAUUGCGUGGCAUGAACGAGCAUAUUUGCGUAGUAAGGACGUUAAAAAAGGAUUUCAGUCGAACUAUAUUUCAGGUUGCCAAUGUAGGAGCAUGCCCUAGUAGUACAAGUGAUACUUCUAGGUUUGCUGGCCAAACAUUGACUUCAUCUUCUAUUGUUUUGGUGACGUUAAAUUGGAAGCCUGAGGAGGUUUGUAUAACAGUAAAUUCCGAAAAGGUUGUUACUGGAUCAAUGUUAAUAAAUGAACUCAAAUCAUGGUUUAAGUAAAUUUAUUUUUUUAUGUAAAUUUUAAAUAUUCACUGUAUUGAUGUUUUAUAUUUGUUUAAUUUAGUUAUUCAAAACAGAAUACAUUUAUUUUGUGUAUUUUCAAUAAAGUUCUCUUAAAGAA